AUGUUUAAGUGCGAUCAGUGUAAUUGUACUUUCUCGAGGAAUGACUCUUUAAACAGACAUUUAAAGUGUCAUAAUAAUACCAUUGAAGCUUUUAAGUGUAUUAUAUGCAACACUGUUUUUAGCAGAAAGGAUGCUCUCAGACGAAACGAGAAAAGUAUUCAUGAUGAUAACAACGCGUUUAAUGAUAAUUUAAUGUAUGAAAACAGCAGUGAUGGCUAUUGUAUUGAUGUGUUGGAUAAGGUUGAACAUAAUGAGAUGCGUAAAAAUAUUGACAAUAUUACGUUUGAAGAAGACGACGAUAGUUAUUCUAUUGAUGUGUUAAAUAAAGCAGAAAAUAAUGGAUUAUGUAAAACUGAUAACAAUGAACCGGAAAUUAUUGAAAUAGCCCCAAACAUUUUCGUCGAGAAUAUACAAGCUGCAUCUUCAAAACAAAGUAAACGUAAAUAUACUGAAAAUUCUUUGCCUAAUGUACAAAAUAAACGUGCACGAAUGAACGCAACAACAACAUCAUCGAAAUUCGUCAAAACAAAUUACGUCAACUCGAGAUACGUCAGCCCGCCAGAAGCCGUCUGGCGAUUGUUUUCGUACAAAUUGCACGGCAAAAGUCACGUGGUCGUCAGGCUUCCCGUUCACCUAGAGGGUCGUCAGAACGUGUACUUUGCGCCGGGCCAAGAAGAAGAACGGCUACAGAACCAAGCUGUACGUCGCACGAAACUCACGCAGUUCUUCGAGCUCAACGCGACCAACGCGGCGGCUCGACAAUACUUGUACCGCGACAUACCGAUGCACUACACCUGGCAGAAAAAUUUCAAACAAUGGCGUCCGCGGGUGAAUCGGAUGAUAACCGUUACAUUGGCUCGGAUGUACGUAGUGAGCCUACUGGACCGGGACCGUUUCCACUUGAGAUUGCUACUUCUCAACCGAAGAGGCCCGCAGUCCUUUCAAGACAUAAGGACGAUGGACGGGGUCGUUCAAGAGACAUACACGGCGGCUGCGAUUGCACUCGGACUAUUGGAAGACGACCUAGCGUGGCGGCAUUGUUUGGCGGAAUCGGCGGAUAUGGACCCACCGUGGCAACUGCGGUAUCUGUUCGUCACUAUACUGGUGCACUGCCUGCCGUCAGACCCGCUGGCGUUGUACGAGGCGAACGAAGCGUACCUGAUGGAGGACUUCAACCGGCGUCUCCAAGACGUCGACCGCGCGAGGGCCGCGUGUCUGGCAGCCAUCGAGGAUCUACUUCGCGGGCACGGAAAGUCACCCUCGGUCGACUACGGUUUGCCCCUCGCAGACCCCCUUCUACUGGAACCGCUGCAGGACGACAACGAGCUGUUCCGAGAAAUAGACGCGGCUGCACGGUGGGCCCAACAAGUGGACACCUUGAACGCCGAACAGCGAACGGUGUACGACCGCGUGAUGGCGGCCGUCGAAAACCCAGGCGAGGUGUCGCGAACUUUCUUCGUCGACGGACCCGGAGGUACCGGAAAAACUACGCUGUACGGAUGCCUGAUAUGGUCGCUUCGGCAGCGUCGGCGAGAAGUGUUGAGCGUCGCGUACACCGGCAUCGCAGCGUCGCUCAUGGACGGCGGCAAGACCGUGCACUCGACGUUCGGAAAUCCGUUCGGCACGCUGAACGAAGACUCGACGUCCACCAUCCACUUGCAGUCCGAGCGAGCUCACAGGAUACGCAACGCGGCGCUCAUCGUCUGGGACGAAGCCCCCAUGUCACUGGGACUGCAACUGACGGUGGUGGACCGCCUGCUCAAAGACGUCAUGGAUUCGAAUUUACCGUUCGGCGGUAAGACCAUGCUGUUCGCCGGCGACUUCAGGCAGAUAUUGCCCGUGAUCCAGAGAGGGACGAGAGCCAAUAUCGUCAUGUCGUCGAUCAAGAACAACCAUCUUUGGAACGUCAUGGAGCGCUUCGAUCUGGUCCAGAACAUGCGCGCGGGCAACGACGCGGACUUUGCGUCUUGGUUGCUUCAGCUCGGCAACGGCCAACUGCCCGCGGUCGACGGCGUUCCGGACACAGUGGAAAUCCCGCAGGAAAUGGUAUGCGACGUCGCCGAUUUAAUAGAUUUCGUGUAUCCGCAGCAAAUGUCGUUGGCCGACGUCGAAGAAUUUGCUCGGAGAGUCGUCGUGUGUCCCACCAACGAAGAGUGCAGAGGUGUCAACGCGGAAGUGCUGGAGCGCUUCGCCGGUAAUCCGGAGACCUACCAGGCCGUCGACACCGCGGUGGUGGACGGGGCCGACGAAGUGGCCAAUUUCCCCACAGAGUUCCUCAACGGUUUGGAACCGGACGGCCUGCCGCCGUUCCGGCUCGAGUUGAAGGUGGGGUGCAUCGUGAUGUUGCUCAGAAAUCUCGAUCCUAGGAGACGACUGUGCAACGGUACGAGGUUGGUGGUCACCGAACUGCGGCGACACAAUUUCAAGGCGAGGAUUUUGGGCGGUGACCCACAGGACGACGACAUCGUCCUGCCCCAGAUACCGCUCACGUCCAGCGGUGAGGACGACCUGCCCGUUCCAAUGCGGCGCACUCAAUUCCCGGUGAGGCUGUCGUUCGGCAUGACCAUCAACAAGUCGCAGGGUCAGACGUUCGACAGGGUUGGUUUGCUUCUGACGUCGCCUCCGUUCACUCACGGCCAGCUGUACGUGGCGUUUUCGAGGGUGAGAAACGCACAGUCCGUGAGAGUCGGCAUGCACGCCGAUGACAGCGGGCGAUUCGUCACCAAGAACAUCGUGUACAGGGAAGUUCUGUAA